UGAACAUGAACACACGCAGCUUCUUUACUCUGCUGAGUCUUCUGCUAUUUUCAAGAGCAGAUGCCCUCUUUGGUGUCCUCUUGAUGCACUGCAAGUUUACUUCACUCGAUGAUGCUGAGUAUCUGGGCCAGAUCUUCUACAAUAAGAUGCUCUGGGGAGAAUACAACAGCACUGUGGGUAAAUAUGUUGGAUUUACGGAGAAGGCAAAAGAAAUUGCAGAGGAGCUCAACAAAAACCCUGCCUUUUUGAAAGAAGAACAAAGGAAUUUAGAGAAAUGCAAGACCCACGUCCCAUUAGCAUUAGAGCUUCUUUCAAGACCAGUUGAGCCCUCUGUAAGGCUGAGAUUAACUGAAGCAACAGACAGCAAACACCCGCACAUGUUUGUCUGCAGCGCGUAUGGCUUCUACCCCAAACAAAUCAGCUUGAAAUGGCUACGAAACGGAAAGGAGGUGACAUCUGAUGUGACCUUUACUGAGGAAUUGCCCGAUGGGAACUGGUUUUAUCAGAUCCACUCUCAUCUGGAGCUGACACUCACAGCUGAAGAAAAAAUCGCCUGUGUGGUGGAUCAUGACAGUUUUCAGCAGCCCAUGAUUUAUGAGUGGGACCCUUUAUCUGAGGCUGACAAGACCAAGAUUGCAGCAGGAGCAUCAGUGCUAGUACUGGGUAUGGUCUUCUUAGGUGCUGGGCUGAUCUACUACAAGAAAAACAGACAUGGACGUUUGCCAGUGCCAACAACCCAGCCUACCACGUAAGGAUAAAAUGAAGAAGAAGAUCUAAAUCAGUUCUCUGUCAGAAGUACAGCUUCUCUCAAUGCAGUUAUGCUGUCAUUUUCUACUUGUACAAACAAAUGAUUUAAAGGUGCUUAUUUUCUGUCAAAGGACUUGGAAAAUCCACAAAACCUUUCUGGCUUUGUAUCUUUGUAUCUAUAAAGGGGGGACAACAUUUACUAAGUCUGUCUUAAACAUGUUAAAAAACUAAGAUAAACUCUUAAUUUAGCUUCUAUAUUUUUAUAUCGAAUAUUUGU